GUGUUAUUUGUCGGUGCUGUAUUUUAAACUUAGGCACAAAAAGGCAUUGCCGCGAACGAGUUGUGCAUAUACCAGCCGCCCGGAUGCAUUGUGCACAUAAAAUGUGAGAGGGUGAGCAACGUGCCCAGAUGCGCGGGCAACAGGUGGGAGCCGCGCGCCUUCCCGCGCCGUUCGGUGACAUACAAGGCUGCUCUAGCCAAGAUGGACGGAGCUCGCCGAAGCUUGCGGGAGGGAGGCCUGGAGCAGCUCGCGCGUCUUCGGGUCUCGGGAGCGCGCGGGAAGGGGGGGAGGGGGCAGAACCUGCCGCUGAGCCGCAGCGCUGAUUGGCUCUGCCACCCAACUCAUUUGCAUGCCGCAGUUUCUUUCCCCCCCCGUCACGUGAUCAAAGGGGGACGCUGAGGCUUCCUGGGGGAGAGGGGGGGGGGGACUCGAGCAGCGGGCCUCCCUCUGGUCUCGCGCUGCCUGGCGGGGUUCUUGUCAGUUAGCAACAAAAUGGCCGCGGUGGCAGCAGCUCUGCUCCUGAGGACGGUGGCGGCGGCGGCGGCGGCCGUAUCAGCAGCAUCGAGGAGGAGCAGCGGGGGCCCGGCACCGCCUGUCUGCUAGAGAGAGAGCGCGAGACGCUGCAGCCCCAGCCUCCCCGCCACAGAGAGACUCUGCCUGAGACGCUGCUGCAGCCCCCUGGGGAGACGUUGCUGCCUCAGCCUCCUGCCUCCCCCCGGGGCGCAAGACUCCUGGAUUCUCCCCCCCCCCCCCCCCCGUGAGAGGCUCCGCUGCGGCAGCUUCCAGCCUGGUCCUGAGACGCACUUCGGGAUCCCUCUGGAGGAGACGGAGAGACCCCGCUGCAUCUCCCCUUGUCCUCCUCCUGCCACUGGAUCCUCUGCGAGAGACGCCCUGCUGGAUUCCCCUCGCCCCAUUGGGUCCCCCCUGUGAGAGAUCCUUCUGCUUGGAUGCCCCAGAAGAGAGACUGCUGGAUCCUCCCCCCGUCCUUCUCCCUGUGAGAGAGACUUCAUUGGAUCCUCCUCCUGCCUGGAUCCCCAUGUGAGAGAGACUGUUGGGUCUCCCUGUGGCUCCAUAUUUUGGAGGGGGAGCCCUCUUUCAACCAGGUUGUGGGAUCCACUUUCUCCUUUUACUUUGCACUUUUUGAAGCCUCAGAUGCUCCUCCAUGUGGACAGAGAAUCCAUCAACACAAACAAAAAAUAAACUCUCCCCGAUCCACUCCACAUCCUGAUUCCGUGGGUUUUGCUGCAACUCGAAAGCAAAUGUGUAUUUAAAACAAAAUUCGUGUGCAAAAGUCUAGCUAGGGACUUUCCCCCCCCUUUCUUUCUCCACUGGAAAUCAAAAGCUUGUUUUGGAAUUGAACCUGUUUCUCCUGCACUUGGGCUGGAUAACACUGAAGCUCUUUGCUCUUCUGCUUGGAUACUGUUUUCUUGUUGACUUGUUUUUCUUCUCUUCUGUGGCAGGUUGUGGGGGGAGUUGCUUGUUGUUUUUAGUUCGGGGGGGAGGCGACUGAAUCUUUUUCCUGGCCGUGUGAGAGGUUUUUUUUUUUUUUUUUUUUUUUUUGUAUUCAGAUUCGUGAAAUUACGGGUAUUUUUUUUUUUUAAAAGCAUUAAAAUAAGCAAGAAGCACGUCAGAGAGACCGCACGCUAGACGAAAUACUCACUGGUUUCAUUGUAGAAAGACUGAGUCGAAAGCUGCCAAAGAGCCCCUGAAGGAAAAGAAGAAAAGGGAGAAAGAACAAGAAAUUCAAGAAGAGGAACAUUUGAUGGAAGAAAAGAAAAAGAAAAAGCAGGAAGAAAAGAAAAAGAAGGAAGGUGCUCAGAAAAAGGCUGCUGAACAAAAAACCAAAGUGCCAGAACCUAUUAAGAUCAGUUUAAGCCAGCCCCAGCCUGCCGGUACCGGUACCAGUACUUCCACCAGCACUAUUACCAACAGCAGCAAUGGCAAGCGUGCAUCUGCUAAUGGGCAGCAGCCAGCUGCAUCCCGUUACCUGCCUCGUGAGGUGCCUCCACGCUUCCGCCAGCAAGAACAGAAGCAGCUCUUAAAGAGAGGUCAGCCACUGCCUACUGGGACUCUGACGGGCGCAAGCCCACCACAAGGUACUGGACAAGCAGGGGCAAGUCCUCCUCCACAGCCAGGAGCAGGUGGACAGCAUCAUCCCAGUAAGACCCAAACAGAUCUUAGUCACAGUGGUUUGGGAGACCAUUAUGAAAAUUCCCACUGGGGACAGCAGCCCACUUUCAGAAGUGAAGCCAACUGCAGCUGGGAUAAAGUGAUAAUAGAUAGGACUGACAAGGAAGCGUGGCCUUCCAUUACAGGAACUGAGACUGAAUCUGCUUCAGAAUGUACUACAGAAACUGACUCUGCCUCUAACUGUGGCUCAGAGAACAGUAGCAUGGCUACAGGGAGUGCCCAAGGCAACUUCACUGGACAUACAAAGAAAACUAAUGGCAAUAAUGGCACCAAUGGAGCACUCAUCCAAAGCACUUCUAACCAGAGUGCCCUUGGAGCUGGUGGAGCAAAUGGUAAUGGAAACUCAGCCAGAGUGUGGGGUGUGGCCACGGGCUCCAACUCUGGCCUAGCUCACUGCUCUGCCAGUGGUGGGGAUGGAAAGAUGGACAACAUGAUUGCAGAUGGUAGAAGUCAAAACUGCUGGGGUGCUUCCAACUCAAAUGCUGGCAUUAAUCUUAACCUUAACCCUAAUGCCAAUCCAGCUGCCUGGCCUGUACUCGGACAUGAAGGAACUGUGGGAGCAGGCAACCCUUCCAGUAUUUGUAGUCCAGUCAGUGCCAUAGGUCAGAAUAUCGGCAACCAGAAUGGUAACCCAACAAGCACCUUAGGUGCUUGGGGAAACUUGCUGCCGCAAGAGAGCACAGAACCACAAACGUCCACUUCUCAGAAUGUGUCUUUCAGCGUACAACCUCAGAACCUUAACACUGAUGGACCAAAUAACACUAACCCCAUGAACUCUUCACCAAACCCUAUCAAUGCAAUGCAGACUAAUGGACUGCCAAACUGGGGGAUGGCUGUUGGUAUGGGGGCCAUCAUCUCGCCCCACCUGCAAGGCCUUCCUGGUGCUAACGGAACAUCAGUUUCUCAAGUCAGUGGGGGCAAUGGUGAAGGAAUGGGUAGUUCGGUAUGGGGAAUAUCUCCAGGUAAUCCUGCCACAGGAAUCAGCAAUUCUGGGUUCAGUCAGGGGAAUGGAGACACUGUGAACUCAGCAUUAAGUGCUAAACAGAAUGGAUCCAGCAGUGCUGUGCACAAGGAAGGAAAUGGAGCAAGUGCAUGGGAUUCAGGACCUCCUGCUGGUCCUGGGGUACUAGCAUGGGGCAGGGGCAGUGGCAACAGUACUGUUGGUAGCAUGCAUUCUGGAGCUUGGGGCCACCCCAACCGUAACACCAGUAAUGGUGUUAAUGGUGAAUGGGGCAAGCCCCCAAAUCAGCAUUCCAAUAGUGACAUCAGUGGUAAAGGAUCAGCAGGGUGGGAUAGCCCUAGUGUUACCAGCCAGAAUCCUGCCAUGCAGCAGGGCAAUGAACAAAUAAACUCUUGGGCCAAAGCUGCAGCAUCUGUCACCACAGUUAGUGAAGAAAGUAAUGACAGUGGUGGAGGUCAAAAUGAGGGCAACACUGGGAGAGAAGGAGCAGGAGACGCCAGAAGGAGAGACAAAGGGGUGAUAGACCAAGGACAAGUCCAGUUGCCAAGGAAUGACCUUGACCCAAGAGUUCUGUCCAAUACUGGUUGGGGACAGACUCCUGUAAAGCAAAACACUGCCUGGGAAUUUGAAGAAUCCCCAAGGUCUGAACGAAAGAAUGACAAUGGAACAGAGGCCUGGGGUUGUACAGCUUCUCAGUCUUCAAACUCAGGGGGGAAGAAUGAUGGGUCCAUCAUGAACAGUACAAAUACCUCUUCAGUAUCUGGGUGGGCCAACUCUCCACCCUCAGCUGUUCCAACAAAUACAGGUUGGGGAGACAACAACAACAAAGCGCCAAACGGCCCAGGGGGAUGGGGAGAAUCAGCUAGCUCUACUGCUGUCAAUGCUGCUGCUGCUACUGCUGCCAAAAGUGGCCACGCUUGGAGUGGGACCGCAAAUCAGGAGGACAAAUCCCCUACAUGGGGUGAACCUCAGAAACCCAAAUCUCAAAACUGGGGAGAUGGACAGAAAUCAAAUCCAGGCUGGACUUCAGGAAGUGGAGAUUGGACUGAACCAUCAUCUGUCCCUGGACACUUGGCUGAGGGGAAGAAGAAUGGAUCUGGAUGGGAUGCUGACAAUAGAUCAGGGUCAGGUUGGAAUGAUACUACAAGGUCUGGGACCAGUGGAUGGGGAAAUGGCACAAACACCAAGGCUAAUACAGGUACAAGUUGGGGAGAAUCUCUAAAAUCUAGCCCUCAACAGAAUUGGGCUAGUAAACCCCAGGACAACAGUGUGAGUACCUGGGGAGGAGCAGCUUCUGUUAAACAGACUGGGUCAGGAUGGGUUGGUGGGCCAGUGCCACCCAAACAAAAAGAUAGCAGUGAGGCGACUGGCUGGGAAGAGCCUUCUCCACCAUCCAUUCGCCGUAAAAUGGAAAUUGAUGAUGGUACCUCAGCUUGGGGUGAUCCAAACUACAACAACAACAAGACUGUAAACAUGUGGGAUAGAAACAACCCUGUAAUUCAGAGCAGUACCACAACCAACACCACCACCACUACCACCAUUAUCAACACAAAUAUGGCUGAACCUCAGCCUUCACACCAGUCAAGUGCCCAGCCGAACCGGUCCCCACUGCUUGGUCCAGGCUGGGGAGAAAUGCCUACUGUCCACACAAAGACUGAAUCUUCUUGGGGAGAGCCCUCAUCCCCUUCUGUCGCAGUUGAUAAUGGAACUUCAGCAUGGGGGAAACCCCCCAGCAGUGGUACAGGGUGGGGAGAUAAUUCUGCCGAGCCAGCAGGGACCUAUGGAAGAGCGAAUGCUCCAGCUGCUGCCCCAGCACUGUGCAAGCCAGCUUCUAAAUCUAUGCAAGAAGGCUGGGGCAGUGGUGGGGAUGAAGUGAACCUCAGUACUAGUCAGUGGGAAGAUGAAGAAGGAGAUAUGUGGAAUAAUACUGCUUCACAAGAGAGUAACUCCUCCUGUAAUUCAUGGGGGAAUGCCCCAAAGAAAGGACUUCAAAAGGGCAUGAAGACAUCUAGUAAGCAAGAUGAGGCCUGGAUCAUGAACCGUCUGAUAAAACAGCUCACAGACAUGGGCUUCCCAAGAGAGCCAGCAGAAGAGGCCUUGAAGAGCAACAAUAUGAAUCUCGAUCAGGCCAUGAGUACUCUGCUGGAAAAGAAGGUGGAAAUGGACAAGCGUGGAAUGGGAGUGACCGACUAUAAUGGAAUGGUCACCAAACCCCUUGGCUGCCGCCCACCAUCAAUCUCCAAAGAGUCUUCCAUGGACCGCCCCACCUUCCUUGACAAGGAUGGCGGCCUAGUGGAAGAACCCACUACUUCACCAUUUUUGCCUUCACCAAGCCUGAAGCUCCCCCUUUCAAACAGUGCACUCCCUAAUCAGACCCUGGGCGGGAUUGCCUCAGGGCUGGGCAUGCAAAACUUGAAUUCUUCUAGACAGAUACCGAGUGGCAAUCUGGGUAUGUUUGGCAAUAGCGGAGCAGCACAAGCCAGGACCAUGCAACAGCCGCAGCAACCGCCAGUGCAACCUCUUAACUCAUCCCAGCCUAGUCUUCGUGCUCAAGUGCCUCAGUUUCUAUCCCCUCAGGUUCAAGCACAGCUUUUGCAGUUUGCAGCAAAAAACAUUGGUCUCAACCCUGCACUAUUAACCUCGCCAAUUAAUCCUCAGCAUAUGACGAUGUUGAACCAGCUCUAUCAGCUGCAGCUGGCGUACCAACGUUUACAAAUCCAGCAGCAGAUGUUACAGGCUCAGCGUAAUGUUUCCGGACCUAUGAGACAACAGGAGCAGCAAGUUGCACGUACAAUCAAUAACAUGCAGCAGCAGAUCCAGCAGCACCAGCGCCAGCUGGCCCAGGCCCUGCUUAUGAAGCAGCAGCCUCCCCCUCCACAUCUAUCUUUGCACCCCUCUGCAGGCAAAUCAGCCAUGGAUAGCUUUUCACCCCAUCCCCAGGCUCCCGGCCUACCUGACCUGCAGACCAAAGAGCAACAGUCUUCUCCGAACACCUUUGCUCCUUACCCUCUUGCUGGACUGAAUCCGAACAUGAAUGUAAACAGCAUGGACAUGACUGGUGGUUUAUCAGUGAAGGAUACGUCUCAGUCUCAGUCUCGCCUUCCUCAGUGGACACACCCCAACUCAAUGGAUAAUCUAUCUAGUGCUGCUUCUUCACUUGACCAGAAUUCUAGCAAGCAUGGUGCUAUUCCUGGAGGUCUAAGUAUUGGUCCUCCAGGAAAGUCCUCCAUUGAUGACUCUUAUGGACGGUACGAUCUGAUCCAAAACAGUGAUUCACCAGCCAGUCCACCUGUAGCUGUUCCUCACAGCUGGUCACGUGCCAAAACUGAUAGUGAUAAAAUCUCCAAUGGUUCCAGCAUUAACUGGCCACCAGAAUUUCAUCCUGGAGUGCCAUGGAAAGGACUGCAGAAUAUUGACCCUGAGAAUGACCCAGAUGUCACUCCUGGAAGUGUUCCGACUGGGCCUACCAUUAAUACCACCAUACAAGAUGUUAAUCGCUAUCUUCUCAAGAGUGGAGGUAAAUUGUCAGACAUCAAGUCUACAUGGUCCUCUGGCCCAAUCUCUCACACACAAGCCUCUCUAUCCCAUGAACUAUGGAAGGUACCCAGAAACACUACUGCUCCUACGAGACCACCUCCAGGUUUAACAAACGCCAAGCCAUCAUCUACCUGGGGUGCCAGCCCACUGGGUUGGACCAGCUCUUAUUCCUCUGGUUCUGCCUGGAGUACUGAUAGCUCAGGAAGAACAAGCAGCUGGCUGGUUCUACGUAACCUCACACCCCAAAUUGAUGGUUCUACACUGCGGACACUGUGUUUGCAACACGGCCCUCUAAUUACAUUCCACCUGAACCUGACUCAAGGGAAUGCUGUGGUCCGCUACAGUUCCAAGGAAGAAGCAGCCAAGGCCCAGAAGUCUCUGCAUAUGUGUGUUUUGGGAAACACUACCAUCUUGGCUGAGUUUGCUGGUGAAGAAGAAGUAAACCGUUUCUUAGCACAAGGCCAGCCACUGCCACCCACCUCCAGUUGGCAGUCCAACACUGGAACCAAUCAGACUCGUAUGGGCUCCACGAGCAGCUCUCAUGGAUUGGUGCGGAAUGAUGCAGGCCACUGGAAUACUCCCUGCCUGGCUGGCAAAGGGAGCAGCGAUUUGCUCUGGGGUGGGGUCCCUCAGUACUCAAGCAGCCUUUGGGGGCCCCCCAGCACCGAUGAUGGCAGGGUUAUUGGCAGCCCAACACCUUUGAAUACUCUGCUCCCAGGUGAUCUUCUCAGUGGGGAGUCCAUCUAGGAAAGAGAGAAACAAAGUGGAAAUAACAAUCAUCAGCACUAAAGGAAAAAAUGUAACCCUUUCCAGUCCAGGGCUUCACGAAGAAUCCAGCUUUAACAGAUCAGACUGGCAGCCCUUUUUAGUACCUCUGUCCAAUAUCGAAUAUGAAACUCUGCAGAAGUCCUUGUGAACUGUUAAUGAAACAGUAUGGGCUACAUUUGGUCAGUGUCACAUGCUAAUGACAGGUUUUUUUUUUUUUCAUGGCUUAUUAUUUUAUGUCUUUUUAUGUUUGUAUGGUGUUUUUAAAAACAAAGUAUAAAAGCUGCUUAGAAUAGUCUAUCAUGAAGGGCACUUUUCAGAAUUUGGGCUGGAAAGGGUUAUUUUGUCAACUUUGGGGGGAGGGAGAAAAUGAAAGCCUAUUUUAAAUGAGCCUGUGACUAUUAUGCACAUUACCAGGGGCGGACCCAAUAAUCAGAAGAGAGUGGAGUGUGAUAUUCAUCUUUGGUACAGAAAAGUAAUGAAUCUGAAUGGUAACUAUUCACUGUACAGGUUGAAUUGGAGGGUGGGGGUGGGGUAUCUGUGUCCACAUCUCCCAUGGAUCUGCCUAUGCACAUUACCCUUGUUUCAUUACUUUUUCAUGUCAUUUUUUUUAAAAUCCCCCCAAAAUAUAAAAAGUU